ACAUUUACAUUGUUCUUUGUUAGAACGUAUUGUCUUGAACUGGACGUUUCCACAUUAUUAGUUACAACUUAUAACUUAUCCUUGAUGUUUUUCGUAAAAAUUCAAUUAUAAAGAUUAGAAUAAAUAUUAAAUACCGAUUGGUGAUAUCCACCUACUUGUUUUAAACCGUUUACGCCCUUAGACGUCUGUUACGCCGACAAUUUACUUUUUAUUCAGUGCAUUUAUUUAUUCGACAUUUAAAAUCGCACCAAAAUAUGGAUAUUGUGUGUAUUACAGAUGUAGAUGAUUUUGUUCAGAAUGAUCAUAAUUUGGAUCAUAGAAAAGUUAUUGAAGAAGUAAAACAAGCAUCUAAUAGGAUGGUUAACUCUGCUAAAUUGUUUACUUUUUCGUUUAAACUACUUGAAGAAUUAGAUUUGGAAGAAAAUGAUGAAUUAAAAACAUUUUAUUAUGCUGAUGUAGUUAUAGUUGAUUGGUCAAAAAGUAUUAAACUUAGCUCUUUGUCUUAUUACUUGGGCUGUCGUCAUAAUAUUGGAAUGAAUCAAAACAUAAUUUUAUGUAACAAUUUAGAUGAUGAAGUUAUGUUACGUUUGAAGUUGCCUUGUGAUGAUUCUAUUACAUUUAUUUCAUAUAAACUAGCUGAUUGUGGUACAUGUCUGAUUACUAAUCCUCUGUAUCUUGGCAAUGAUGAAUCCAUAAAAUCAGUUGCAGUAACGUUAGAAAAAUUGUUUAAAGAUGUGGAAAUUCAAUCUAAAGUUCAUACGAAUAAGAAAUUUUUAUCUGACUCUGGUGAAGUGUUACGCGAAAAAUUGCUCAUUUUGAGAAACCAUCUUGAAGAUCCAUGUGUAACUGUUGAUAUAUUAUACAAAAUGAUGGAAGCAUUAAGAGAUGUUCAGGACCAUGAAGGAAUGGUUCAACUUGUAGAAGACAUACAAGCUAUUUCUGACAAAAGACAUUUUACACAAACUCCGUUGUUGCAAUACUUAUAUUCUUUUGCUUUACAUAGGAGUAAUAAACCUGGGUAUAGACAAAAGGCAUUGCUGGUUAUAGAACAUGCAUUGGAAAAAAAUAAAAGCUUCCUACCUGAUUUAAUUUGUCUAUAUGGUCGUAUUUAUAAAGACAAAUUUGUUGAGUCUAUUUUUGAAGACAGAUCUGCCCUUCAACAUGCUAUUAAAUGGUAUCGAAAAGCUUUUCAAAUACAACCAAAUCUUCAUGCUGGAAUCAAUCUAGCAACAUUAUUAUUAGUUGCUGGGAAUGAAUUUUCCAAGUCUGAAGAACUUCAAAACAUUGAUAUAUUUUUAAGCAAUUUUAUUGGCAAAAGAGGCAAUUUAACAUCUAUCAAUGACUACUGGAUUGUUGCAACAUAUUUUGAAAUGAAUGUGCUAACAGAAAAUUAUAGUAAAGCCAUGAAAGCUGCUGAAUGUAUGUUCAAACUAAAACCUUUAAUUUGGCAUUAUAAAUCAACAAUUGAAAAUAUUAAAUUAAUCAGUGAGUUUAGAAAAAAAAGGGGAGAAAUAAAUGCACUAGAAAAAUACUUAAAGUACUGGAUGAAAUAUUUUAUAGAUGCUACCAAACAAGAAAUUGACAGUGACAUUUGCAACUUUCCCGUUAUAGUUUUGGAAUCAUCAAAAGUUUAUUUGCCUAGCUAUGUUAAGGUAAACCUUGAAAUUGAUAAAAAUUCAAUUUCCCUAGACAAACAGUGUACAAAAGAUUGUACACUAAUACAGAGUUGGCUAUUUUCAGGGAGUGCAAUUAGGAGUGUUAGUAUUUGCAAAAUAGAUGAACGGUGUUUAUUUUUAUGUGUUAACACAAAUGAUAGUUUCCAAAUGUAUUUUUCGUCAUCUCUCUGUCGUCAAAGAUUUUAUGAUCUUGUAAAACAUAUGAUUGAUAAUGAUGAAGGAAUUGCGACUAACUUGAAUGAAGAGUUGCAUAAUGAACAACCAAAUGUAGUUAUUUAUUUUGCAUACGAACUUGAUGCUUAUGACACAAAAAAAAUUCUUGGUCGUGGAACAUAUGGAAGUGUUUAUGCAGCUUUUGAUUGCAAUACAAAAGUGCAAAUCGCAGUCAAGGAAAUACAAGAAAUUAAUUUUGUGCCAGUACACAAAGAAGUACAACUUCAUUCUCAACUGUGUCAUCGAAACAUUGUUCGAUAUUUAGGAUCAAUAUCUGUAGAUGGUUAUUUAAAAAUAUUUAUGGAACAAGUACCAGAAAGUCUUUCCUUCCUAUUACAAUUCAAAUGGGGCCCAUUAAAAAAAAAUGAGCGUGUUAUUUCAUUUUAUACUAAACAAAUUCUUGAAGGAUUAAAAUAUUUACAUGAUCAAAAUAUUAUACACCGCGAUAUCAAAGGGGAUAAUAUCCUGAUUAAUACGUUUACUGGUGUAGCAAAAAUAUCCGAUUUUGGAGUAUCUAAACGUCUCUCUGAAUUGUGUCCCACUGCUAGAAGUGUUGUGGGCACAAUAGAGUAUAUGGCUCCUGAAGUGAUAAACACUGAUUCAAAUGGUUAUGGCACACCAGCAGACAUAUGGUCCUUAGGUUGUACAGUUGUAGAAAUGGCAACAAGUAAGGUACCUUACACAGAACUUGGAUCAAGAGCAGCAGCUGCUUAUACCAUUGGUAAAUAUAGGAGACAUCCAAACAUACCAGUUGAACUGAGUGACCAAGCAUAUCGUUUUAUACUUCGGUGUUUUACUCCUGAUCAAAAUCAGCGAGCAACAGCCACUAAUUUAUUAAAAGAUUUAUUUAUUAGUAGCACAACACGUUAAUGAAAUCAAUCACAGUUCUACAGUUUAAUCAAAGAAUAUUUAUUAUAACAUAUAGAUGUGAAAACUAUUGAAGAAGAUUUAAAUUUUAAGUAUUUAAGUUAAUCUUUUAAAAUAUCAGUUUUAUCUAUAGGUACCUAUUUUGUUAAUUAAUUGACAUUAUUUAAAAUUAAAAUAUAUUAAAAUAAA